AGAGAGAGAGAGAGUGAGAGAUCAAGAGAGGAAAAAGUGAGAGACUCUGACACUGAAGCUCCUUUUGGCCUCCUGCUCGGUGUGUUUGUGGUCUGCAGCCUGGCUCUGCUGGGCCUCCUCACAUUCGUCUCCUGGAAGCUGUGCUGGGUGCCUUGGCGGACUAAGGCCCACUUCCCCAGUCCGUCGCUCACCCCGGCCUGCGGCCCGCACCACUGCCCGUUCCCACCGCCUCCCCCGUCGCCCAGCUCCCAGCAGCCGGCAGUCACCAUGGCGACCGAGAAGGUGAAGGACCCCGUGGGCUCGAUGGGCUUCCUGGAGGCUGCAGUGAAGAUAAGCCAUACAUCUCCUGACAUCCCCACUGAUGUGCAGCUCUCCAUGAGGGAGCACUUCCUGCGCCGCACGCAACGCAUGCAGAGACAAGCCACCGAGCCAACUUCCUCCACUCGGCACAAUUCAUUCAAAAGACACCUGCCCAGGCAGAUGCAGGUCGGAAGUCUCGACCUGGGAAAUGACUUCAUGAUGGACAAAGAGGAAAAGCCCACCAGCAUCGGCCGCAUCCAGCCGGAGCUCUACCAACAGAAGGCCCAGGAAUCGGAGGAGUCGUCCAAGAACGGCAGCAGCAAAAACUGUGGCAGGAUUAACUUCUCCCUCAAGUACGACUACGAGAACGAGGCCCUCUUGGUCAACAUCCUCAAGGCACUGGACCUGCCCGCCAAGGACUUGUGCGGCACAUCCGACCCUUAUGUGAAGGUCUACCUCCUACCCGACCGCAAGAAGUUCCAGACCCGCGUCCACCGGAAAACCCUCAACCCCACGUUCAGCGAAACCUUCCAGUUCCCUGUGCCGUACGAGGAGCUGGCGAUCAGGAAGCUGCACAUGAGCGUCUUUGACUUUGAUCGGUUUUCCCGGCACGAUAUGAUCGGGGAGGUGGUGCUGGACAACUUGUUUGAGACGUCAGACCUCUCCAGGGAGACAGACAUAUGGAGGGACAUCCAAUACGCCACCAGUGAAAGUGUCGACCUUGGAGAGAUCAUGUUUUCACUAUGCUACCUGCCGACCGCCGGCAGACUCACACUGACCGUCAUCAAGUGCAGGAACCUCAAGGCCAUGGACAUCACUGGAUACUCAGAUCCCUACGUGAAAGUGUCGCUCAUAUGCGACGGGAGGCGUUUGAAAAAGAAGAAGACGAGCAUCAAGAAGAACACUCUGAAUCCCACCUACAACGAGGCCAUCAUCUUCGACAUCCCCCCCGACAGCAUGGACCACGUCAGCCUGCACAUCUCCGUCAUGGACUACGACCUGGUAGGUCACAAUGAGAUCAUUGGCGUGAUGCGGGUUGGGUGCAGUGCCGAGGGACUCAGCAGGGACCACUGGAACGAAAUGCUGGCUUAUCCACGCAAGCCCAUUGCACACUGGCACCCCCUGCUGGAGCCCAAGAAAUCCGAGAAGGAGUGGAAGGCGAGGACGGCCAGCUUCGACAGCCAAGGCUCCUGCCCCUCGCCCCGGCCCCCCGCCAGCCCCUGAGCAGAGCCACCUGUGACCCGGCCGCCCAGAAGGGGGUUUCCUCCCUCCUGCUGAUCCACGUCCUGUCUGUCUGAUUGAGGAGAAACACAACCCCACUGUCUCUCUCCCUCUCUCUCUCUCUCUCUCUCUCCUUCUCUGUCCUCCGUCCCUCGAGUCUAGUCCCGGAGCACUCUCCCCAGAACUGAUCUAGGACCACCGUCAGCCGGCUAAGUUGUGUGAAGCACUUCGUCUUUUCAGGGUUUUAGGGUCUCUGAUUUGAGACGUGGGCCUCGUCGUGACCCGCGUCGUCCUCAGAGGAGCCUGGCUGGACAUUUGAUAUUGAGCCGUCCGGGGCCCGAGCAGAUCUCAGAGACUUUCCACACGCCGAGUGUUCAGCUGCAGAGACUCUUUGAUGGAAGAACCCAGCUGGGUGUCGCUCGCUGGGAGCAGCAGGGAGUCGGACUGAGGACACGUGUGGGGUUGAAGGACAGACUUCAAAACUCCGCGGCUCUCUCACGUGGAGUUCUCCGGUGCCGCAUUAGCAUAAAACAAUACCGAACUGUAGCAUUUUGGAACUUUUAGAUGUAAAACCGCUCCGUCAGGCAUCGUUUUGUGAAUAACACGAGUGAGGUGAUUUCCAGAGCUGCAGCUGUACUUCCAGUUUCUUCAGCGAUUAGGCUGAUCUCCGUCGUACCGAGGCCGAAAACGAAAAAACAUUCUCGUCUUGACGAUUUGACGCUUUACGCAAGCGGCCGUGACAAAACAGUUUUGCAGAAUGAAUAAGAAGAAGAAGAAAGAACUGAGGAUUAUUGUGUUGUUGUUUUUUGUUCAAAACGGCUGCAGUGUUGUUGCUGACUUCAGUUUUUUUUGUCAAUUCACAAUAUUAGACGGCUGAAUUCCCUGUUAAAGGCACAAAUAGCUCGAAGUAGAACCACAAGCUGACAAGAUUUUAAAAGAGCUGGUGGAGCUGUGGAGGUUUCACAGGGAUUGUUGUGAGCACACGUUACACACCUUUACCUCUCCUCCGUUUAGCAUUCAGAGCAAACUCACCCUUUUCUUCCAAGUGAAAACUCACACAAACACUCAUCCUUCAGACAAACACUCUUCAAAACGUACUGUGUGUGUGUGUGUGUGUGUGUGUUUCCUUUUGUCCAUACAGAAAAAGAUGUGAUGAUAGGUAUAGAUAAAAAAAAAAAGUAUAUAUAUAUAUGUAGCCUUGUUGGUGGUGAUGAUUGAGAAAAACCUAAACUCCUAAAACAUGCAACUCUCUUGAUAUUUAUCCUGUCAUUUAUCGUACUGUUGCACAGGGAGAAUCAAUCUUGAACGUGUGGUACAUGGAAUAUUUCUGAACAUAUUUGAUAUGAGGAGAAAAACGCAGCACUGCUCUUACUUCCGUUUUUUUCUUUGAUUCCUUCGAUGGAUCCCCUGGAAUCAUUUGCUCUAUUUAUGAUAAGUGUUUGUUAUAAGAUGCACAGAUCCGCUGUCGACUCAUCUGCCAAUUUUUAACUCGACAGGCAAUGAAGCCAUGAAAAAUAACUACAAAAUAAGUUUUAAAAUCUAAAACAAGCCACGGAUACGCACCAAUCGGUGCCAGUCUGGAUUUCAGUUUUCUACCUGCUUCAGUGGUUCUAUAGAACUUUGCGAUGAGAACAUUAUUUCCCUCCAGGUUCACCUCCAGUAGUAGUUUUAUCUGCUGCAGGCAACAUCAUCAUUAAAUGCCAGCGCACACAGGUGGAAAACAACAAACACCUGGGGUCGAUUAUUAAUAGAAAAACAAUGAGAGGAAAACGUUUGACAUCCCAGGAAAGACAGUAAAUCGUGUGUUCUGGUCACGUCCCCAGGAUUUGUUUUUACGAUGUGUGUUUGUGGCCAUUUGUCAGACGUUGUGAUCGAUGCCGAGCUCGUCACUUUGUAGUGUGUUGGGAUUUAUCGUGUGGGAGGAGUAACGCUGGAGUAUUGACGGACUAAUGACUUUUAGAAAAACUCAUGACUUUGUCUUAAUUAUCAUCUGUCAGAGAAAAGAAGAAAAAAAAAGAGAGUCAAGGCUGAAAUGUGGCUGAUAAAUCUUAUAUUUACACAUCUGAUCUUAACGAAUGAAGCUUUGGCUGAAUUAACUGCAACUAAUAUGCAGUUUUGCACUAAAUGUAACACAUCUGCCAUUUACUGGAUCUAGUGUGCGGUACAUUUUUUAAAUCUCAAUCAAUAUUAUCUCAUCACUGUUGCUGUUGUGCGUGAGGGAAGCUUUUGUGUAUUUAAUUUGUGUCGUGUGUUGACGUUCUGGGACAGAAGAAGAUUUCGUUUCUCUGUACCAGCCAGAGCUAAUGUGUAUAUUGUGUGUGUGGGGUUUUUUUGUAAUUAGAAUUAGAAUCAGCCAUUCGCACAAAUCUGCUCCAAAAUGAAAGAAGAUUUGCAAAUUAAACUGCAUUUCCAACCACUUCUGUUAAGUUUGAUUCAGGUAUAUGGAGAAUAACAGCUGGUGCCACUAAUUAUUAUAUUAUAGCUAUUUUCUAUUAAACCUCUGCAGAAGCACAAGGCACAUUAAGUAAAGAGCACCAGUCUAAUUUCAAAAGAAUGAGAACAGAGGAUAAAACACGGUGAAAAUGUUGCAUUUAUGUUUGUUUCAUGUUAGAUUGAGAUCAGUUUCCUGUGAGUCCAAGAUCUGAUGUUUCAUCUGCUGCUAUUUGUCAUUUCUCCAUCGAAGCGUCUGUGGAUGUUAACGUCUCAGAUUUAUUCUCUAAACCUGUUUCCAGAUUUGCUCUUUGAUACUUUUUCGAUUUUACUGAUUCACUAAAUUUUCCCAAUUCAACACAUCUUGCGAAUAUUACAUUUCCCAGUGUCUCCACUCUGUGUCUUUAUGUGCAAAUUAAAAAAUGGGUGGAUGGAAACACUUUGUAUUUAUUUACAUGCAAAUAGACAAAACACAAGCAAAGCAAAUUUAAAUCAGCUGCAAAUAUACAGACAACGCAACCAAAUUACAGAAACGAACAAAAGAGAUCAAUGAACUGAUCUGGGACCUGCUCAGAGUUCAGUUUGUGACCCUUAUUGAAGUUACUGAGGUUGGAAGUUAUUGUGAAAUUAGCUUAAAUGUAUUUAACACAGCAAGGUUCAUCACUUUAUCGUGUGUGGACUUUUCUAUGUUAUGGACUUACCUUGUUUUCCCAUUUCUGCUGCUUUAUUUUGAAACUCUCCUUGUGUCUCUCUUGCUUUACCCUCCUCUUCCUCGUCUUCCUCCUGUUUCCCACUCUUGUGAUUGUCUGCACCUGUUCCUCAUUUUGUGUCACGUGUGUUUAAUUAUGAACACAACUGUUCUGCCUCUGUCGUCUCUGUGUUUCCCUUUGUCUCAGGUUGUCUUUUGCAUUCGGCUCAUUUCAGUCCCGUUUGUUUCUUCCUGUUUUGCUGCUGGACUUUUUCUAGUGUAAUUGGAUCGUCUGUUUUCUGCCUUCCUUCAAUGACUAUAAGCGUGUUUAGUGUUUUUCCAUUGAACUCAACUUCCCCUGCCUUUGCUUCAGUGCCUGCAUUUGGGUUCUCCUCACCAGAACAUCACAUCAACCUGCAGCACGUUUCUUAAUUGCGUUGCAUUGGGAUUAAUUGCAAUCACGAAUUUCUUGAUUUGCUUUAAUUGUCUCUAUUUGCACGUGUUGAUCUCCACUGUACUCACUGUUCCUCUAUAAGCCAUUUUAAAUGUAAGAAUUAGAGCCACGUACACAGUCACCUUUUCAAUUAUUUUAAUGGUUUUCCAACAAGCUGCUUUAUUUCUAAACACAGAAAAUGUAGGUUAGGUUUUCUAUCCCCUGCUGCUUCCUGGGUCUCUUAUAAUAUAAAAGAAAACGGGUCUUAUUGAAAAGGAGGAUCCAUAUUUCUGUGAGAAACAUUAUUUUCCUCCAGUUCUCAGUUUAUGCUCCACUAGAAAUUGAUAUUUAAUCGUGUUUUCUAUAUAUUUUUUUGCUGUAAUUGGCAAACACAGAUACAAUCAGUUCAUUCAGGCCAGAAUGCGCUCCAGAGUCGAUGUGAUAUCAGGCAGGAAAAGUGCAAACUGGGUAAAACUUGUACUGAUCACGUCUUUUUAAUGUGAGGACCGUUUAUUGAACAGAAUUCAGUUUGGUGUUAUCUCAACAGCAGCAACUUUUUAAUCUGAUCUGUAACCGUGCUCUUUGGCCGUGGACUCGUCUAGACUCUGCUGCCGGGGCCUCGCUCAGCAGCAGAGGACGAGUAAAAGCACAGAACGCCAAAACUGUUACAGAACGCAGUGCAUUGAACACACUAUAUAUCACGGAGUUUGUGAAAGUGUCGUUGGCCAGACGUGGAGACGUGAAGAUGCGUUCAGCAGACCCGGCAGGAUCUGUUUUAACCAUUUCCUCCGUGGGUUUCGUUUACCCAGAGCGAGCGAGCUGUUCAGUGGCUCAGUGUGUGUGUGGGAGAGCGAGACGACAGCUGAUGAUGGGUGGACGGGUCAGCAUCCACCGCAGCAGUGGCAUUUCUCUAAUUGGCACUUGUUGUAGCGAGAGUGAGUCAGUGCAUUAUAGUUCGUGCUCGGCGUAAUCCAUCCCGGGAAUUCGAGUCACCCCCAACCACGGACGUGACGCUUUAGAGACUCGCUCUCAUUCACGCUGUUGUUGAACUUCCUCUCUUAGGUUUCUGAUACUUUAUUUAAAUGUGAAAAAAAAAUCAUCUAAACAAGUGGUUGAAAAGUCGUUUCUGUUCCACCUCUUGUUUUGAAGAAAAAGAAAAAAAAACACGUGCUUUAUGAUGGUCAUAUAUUUCUCUGAUAUGUGUGUUUUCAUCGUAGAAGAAACCUGUUGAAUCAAUUGCCUCCAUUUAUCGACUGUUUCAAAACCCUCUAGCUUUGCCUACUAUUGUGAUGUUUCUUGAUAUGAUCUCGUUUCCCCUCCUAACUGUUAUGAUAGCACUGAAUUUCCAAUUUUUUUAUUGAGCAUUUUGUAUCUGUAAUUAUAGAAAUGUUUGAGAAAAAAAAAAACAUUCUGGUUGGUGGACAUCAACGGUUAGUUAGUCUAAGACGAGUCUAUUAUGAGUUCACUUUAGAUUCUAGAUCGUUAUCAGGACUCGCAACAAGUGAGGCCGGUGUGUAAUAAAGUCAAAUGAAACAGCACAGCAGCCACGAAUCCUCGUUCUUUGGUUUCAACAAGUCUGAUGAUCAACAGCAGACCAGUUUGUUCUAUUCUCUCCCAUGCGGUGUGAUGUGUUAUCGGUUCUGUGACAGGAUUUUUCUUUUUCUUUGAUUAAAAGACUUAUGCAAAAUGAG